AUGAGGAACAGCCCUGGAACGGGCCCGGCCCGAGCCGCCAUUGAGCUCCGGAUACAAACAAAGUUCUCCGCAGCUCCCGGCCCGCCUUUCCCAGCCCUGGGUUCCCUCUCCCUGUGCCCGCCCGGGCCAUGCCCCUGGCCCGCCCCCGGGCCCGCCCACGGGCCCUUGCGGGGCUGCCCCGUCCCCGUCCCCGUCCGCGGCCGUCCCGCCGUGGUCUCGCCUCCGCCCGGCUCUGGCUGGAAGGCGCAGGAGGCCCUGCAGCAGCGCUACAAGCUGGGCCCGCUGCUGGGGCGCGGCGGCUUCGGCAGCGUCUUCGCGGCCACGCGACUCUUGGACGGUGCCCCGGUGGCCAUCAAAUGCGUGCCGCGGGAUCGCGUCCGGCUCUGGGGCGAGCUGCCCGACGGCACCCGUGCUCCCCUGGAGAUCGUGCUGCUGGACAGGGUGUCCUCUGGCUGUGCUGCAGUCAUUCAGCUGCUGGAGUGGCUUGAGCUCCCUGACAGCUUCGUGUUAGUGUUGGAGCGUCCAGAGCGGUGCCAGGACCUCUCGCAUUUGCUGGCAGAGCGGAGGUUCCUGCCGGAGGAGGAGGCGCGGGGGCUGUUUAGGCAGCUGCUGGAGGCCGUGCAGCACUGCACCAGCUGCGGGGUCCUGCACAGGGACAUCAAGCCAGAGAACAUCCUGCUCGACCUGGCCACAGAGCAGCUGAAAUUGAUCGACUUUGGCUGUGGCGCCUUCCUGCAAGACACAGCCUACACCCAGUUUGCAGGAACCCUGUCCUACAGCCCACCUGAGUGGAUCCACCAGCAAUGCUACCAUGGCCAGGCAGCAACAAUCUGGUCCCUGGGCCUCCUGCUGUACCAGCUGGUCAUAGGGAAGCACCCAUUCAUGAGGGGCCAGCAGAUGAUCUGGGGGCGGAUCUUGUUCCCACGACGGCUCUCCCAAGAAUGCCAAGAUAUUAUUAAGAGGUGUUUGUCCAUGCAACCCUUGGACAGGCCAUCCUUAGAAGACCUUUUCCGUGAUCCUUGGAUGCAGGGUGUUCAUCUGCCCUAG